AUGUCGAGCAGAGUAUGGUCGUUGGCGGAAGUCGCCCUGCACAACACGGCUAGGUCAGGGUUCUUUUAUCUAUACUUAGCAGACAUGGGAGUGGAUCCAUUGACAGUAUCGUUCCACUCGCACAGCUCGUGUUGGGUCAUCAUCCACAACAACGUCUAUGACAUGACCGAGUUCUUGCCGGACCAUCCGGGAGGUUCAAACAUCAUCUUGAAGUAUGCCGGACGUGAUGCUACGGCAGUGUAUGACCCUAUACACCCUCCAGAUGCACUGGAGAAGAACUUGCCGCCGGAGAAGUACCUUGGAGGCAUCGAUAUCGCCAGUGCUGUAUCACUGAAGGCAGCACAAGACUCCAAGCGUCAGACAAAGGAUGAGCUUCGGGUGGAGAAGGCUGUCACGGAGAAGCCGGCCAUCAACAGGAUGCUGAGCAUACAGGACAUCGAGGAUGUCGCCAUGAGAGUGAUGUCGUACAAGACAAUGUCCUACUAUGUCUCUGGCGCAGACGACGAGCUGACAAAACGCGAGAACGGCAAGGCCUUCUCUCGAUUCUUCUUCCACCCGCGUGUAAUGCGGCCUAUAUCCACGGUGGACCCGUCAACCACAAUCCUCGGUUUCAAAUCAACUCUGCCAAUAUUCGUCAGCGCCGCAGGCUUGGCGAAACUGGGCCAUCCUUUAGGUGAAGCGAGCAUAACCCGCGGAGCCGGGCGCACAGGCAUCAUCCAGAUGGUCUCCUCCGCAAGCUCGCUAUCCGUGACACAAAUCGCAGAAGCCCGCGUGAGGCCUUCGCAGCCGCUUUUCUUCCAGCUCUACAAGCACAAGGACAACAGGAUCGCGGAGGGGCGCAUACGCGAGAUCGAGCGGCUCGGCUACAAGGCGAUCUUCCUGACCGUCGACGCGCCGGUGGGCGGGAACCGCGAGCGCGACGUGCGCGCGCCGUUCGAGCUCGAGGACCAGGAACGCGAGGCGGAGCCAGAGGGCGCGGGCGAAGCGGCGCAGGAGAUGCCGCAGACCGAAGAAGACGUCGAGGAGAAGUCGGUGAACAUGGAUGGCACAAUCGGGAACUCGCUGCACAGCAUGGACGCGGACAUGACGUUUACGGAGACGGUCCCAUGGCUCCGAAGCGUCACCAAGCUACCUAUCGUCAUCAAAGGCGUUCAAUGCGUCGCGGACGCCGUACUAGCGGCGGAGGCGGGCGUCGACGGGAUUCUGUUGUCCAAUCAUGGAGGUCGACAGCUUGACUACUCCCUUCCCCCAUUGGAGGUACUCCAUAGAAUCCGGAAGCAGCGUCCGGAUAUCUUCGACAGGCUAGAAGGCGAGUGCGAGGUGUGCGUCUGCGAUGUAAUGACGCCCCUGAUACUGUUGUUCGCAGUCUACAUCGAUGCAACAAACUCAAUCCGCCUCACAGAUGUCCUCAAGGCGCUCUGUCUCGGCGCAAGAGCCGUUGGCCUCGGGCGCGCGUUCAUGUACGCAAAUAGCGCUUAUGGAGAAGCGGGAGUCGUACAGACGGUGCGUAUCAUGCAGCGCGAAAUCACCCUAGGAAUGCGUCUUCUGGGCGUUACGAGCGUGGAGGAGUUGGUACCGGAGAUGGUGGAACGUGUAGACUGGCAGCCCACGCUUGCUAGGUUGUGAUUGGUUUGUACCCGUCUUCCGGACGCGAGAAGAGCUUGAAUCGCCGAGAUUGAGACCCUACACUUAACGCAGCGUAGACUCUAGAGGCAGCUAGUAUACAUAUAUAGACACAUGAUGACUAACGACUCACCGGCCUACCUCCUUCGGGUGUCCAGUCCGAGAACACUAAUGACGCAGGGAGCCAAGCACGCUGCAACAUAUUAUAGUACUGUGGUAUCGCGGUGCACUUCCAUUCUAUACGUUUCCCGCAGAUUAACACCGGUCGGACACAACAAGGGGAGAACACCCACGUAUUACAAUAGCUACGGCUACAUGCCAAGUCGAUCCGUCACCUAGCUAACAACCCGACGUUACGAAACGGGA